AUGGCAUUGCCCGCUCGCCGCUCGACCGCCAUCCUGCUGCUUCUUGUCGUCGCGCUGCUUGGCUGCUCGAUCUCGGCAACACCUGCAGGCCAGAGGACGGCUAUCGGUUCUGCUGUCGCCGAGGAGAUGCCAACUACGCACCUGCAUCGAAAAAAGGACGGCUAUCGGUUCUGCUGUCGCCGAGGAGAUGCCAACUACGCACCUGCAUCGAAAAAGUCGGCCAUUGGCUCUGCUGUCGCCGAGGAGCUCGCCAACACCACGCCCACCCGACACCUGCAGACGUACUCGUCGACCGAGUUCCAGACGUUGAUGCUCAACGCCGUCAACAAGCAGCGCACGGCCUAUGGACUGUCCAAGCUGUGCAUUAACAAGAAGCCGCAGACGGCGGCCCAAGGCCUCUCGAGCGACAUGGCGGCCAAGAACUACAUGAGCCACACUGGAUCGGACGGCUCGACGAUGUCGCAGCGCAUCACCGCAGCUGCGAACAUCCUCAGCUCCAAGUACACCAUGUUCGGCUGCGGAUACGCCUACAAGUCUGGUACCACCUACCUUCACUACUGGACGCAGGACUUCGCGUAUGGAAGCACGGAGAGCUGCUCGUAG